CUCCAGCGUUGAUCAGAAAACAGAUGUCACAAAUAUGGGCUCAUUCAGAAAUUAUCAGUUGCUACUCAAAUCGAAUUGCGGCAACUGUUUUGGAUAAUCGAAGUAAAAAACUGAAGGUUUAAACUUAAGACUAAAUUAUGUCUAUAGAAAAAGAUGGCAUACCUCAAGACCUACUUGACCCAUCUGAAGAAGCUGAAAUUCACUAUUACGACGCCGAAGGAUCGUUAGAUUCCUCUACUGCAAAGAAGCGCAAGAAAAAGAAGACUAAAAGGCAUAGAAAGGACGCGAUAUUGGAACUAGUAAACGAGGUGGAAAACAUUAGAACAUUCACAGUUGGUCCUGGAAAAUCAAUCGUAGGUGAACUGCCUGAUAUCAAUAUAAAAAACAACGAUACAAGGAAGAAAACGGAUACAAAAUUGGAACAAGCCAGUGGUUUAGAAAGUAUCGGUAUUGAAGCUCCUGGAAUACCUACCGUUAGAACUGGAUUGCCAGAUUUGACUCAAGAAAACAACGAUAUCUCGAAACGUAUAGCAGAAUCACACCCAAUUGUCAAAAACGAAAGAGAACAGCAAACAAAGACAAAAUACAUUGAAACAGAUGGUGGACAGUCUCUCGAUGUCGAGAGAGGGGAUGGGAAAGACAGAAAUCAAGACAAAGGUGAAAAAAAACCCACAGUUGUCAACAGUGGGCCGAAAUUUCUAAAGCUGUUUUUUAUGAGGCUUUUAAUGAUAAUGCAUUGCGUUCUUGCUUGUUGGAGAGUUGUUGUGGCGAAAAACGACGCCCGGUUUUGGUUUUUGUGUAGUUUAAACGUACUUUUUAUGAUAGAGGGUUGUCUGUCGUACAAAAAGGAGCAACGAUUGAGGGCGUACAGGUGGCGUCCAUGUAUUGCAAUUUAUUUGUUGACCAUGCUGCCUUGCAUUUGGCUGCUACAAAUUCACCGAUAUGAUGUUGCAAUAGCGACAACGGAUGAAAUAACUACCAUACAACCUACAAGUACCGUCUCCACAACAGCAAAGUAUAAUACCACGACAACAUCAAAACCAGGAGUGUUGGAUUCAAUAGCCAACACGAUUCUGUCUGUUGAAGAUUCAACAUGGAUCGUUGUGAUUCAAGAGCUCAUGAUCUACGUCCUUCUGUGUGUGGUUUGGCUUCUUGAUAACGUGCCGCACGAUUUGCUCUCACAGCAGUUAAUUGCAUUUCUGGCAUCAGCGUCCGACAUUAUGGAGCUGUAUGCACUUUUCGACGAAUCUGCCGUACAGAAGGACUUUACUGUCACCUGUGUUGUGCUUGGUGUUUGGACGGUCAGCUUUAUCCAGUUUGUUCCCGUCUUACACCAACGAUCUUCCACUAACAAAGUUCAAGAUUCGUCUAUGAUGACUGACAUAAGGGAUUCAUACGAGCAUGGUCCUUGGGAAAUUGCGGAAUGUAUUGUAGCCAUUAUUUUCCAAGACGGUCCAUUCUUGAGCGUGCGGCUAUUUGUAGUCAUCGAUCUUCAGUUAGUUACGUACAGUUUAGUGUUUUUCUUGAUAAAGAACCUCCUGUCUCUAGUUCUGCUUGUUUAUAGACUGAUCGGACUUUGCAGUUAGGAAAAAUAAACAAAAUGCACAACAAAAUGUUUCCAUAGUUUACGUCGUUAUACAUGUACGUUGUUUGAAAGAAAUUUAGAACAAUACAAUGAGUCAAAUUAUGAGUUUAUGAUUCAUCAUAUUUGCGAAUUUCUUAUUUGAUAUCUGAUGUAUUCAUAUACUGAAAAUACAUUUUUGUCGAUAUGAAGGAAGUGAUAUAUGAAGAAGAAAGCGUAUGUUUGUGAAGGCGUCAGAAAGUCAAAUCAACAGUUUCACUCUUUCAUGCAUGUAAAACAUGAAAGAAUUAAGGUUAAUAAUCAAAACAAUUUAGGGGCUUAUAUCAAUUACAGAAAAACACAUAUGUUAAAGGGACUCGGCACCAGAUGGUCCCAAACUCGGCAAAUACAGUAUUUCCUUAAAACAAGACUAAAAUUGUCAACUGUGUGAGACCGGUAAUACAUCAUUUUACAUGAUUAAAGGAAUAUAUUGUCGCUGUCGCAGCUGAAUUUACCGUUCAAAAGGCGCAUAAUGGUUUCCAGUUUAGUGUGUGUAUACUUAGCAUUUGAAAGUCACGUGAUUGGAACAGAUACAUGUUAUACUCCCGAAAAAGAUAGUUUCUCAAAACUAUAUAAAGAUGAAAUGUUGAAAAGUUUUAGUUGUUUGCCUUCCUCUCGGCUUUAGGCCCGCCUUUAACGAAAAUUAAAAUUAAAAAGCGCUGAAGCAGUUUUCCCUUGCCUCAAUCCUAUAUUGGAGAGGAAGAGUACUUUAAAGAAGUAGACGAAAACUCCAUUAUUUGACCUUAUUUUUGACAUUUUUAAACAUUCUGUUGGAACUUUGAAACAGUUAUUUUCACCACAAUUCAUCUCUUCAUACUUUGUCAAAAGCUUUUUAAGGUCUAUAAAUGCAGUGUUACAAGUAUAUCAAAUAAUUAUGUUCAUUUACAAUUAUAUCCAUGCAUCUGACUUUGCUAUUGAUUCAAGUCCAAAUUCCUUCCUCGGUAAUUGGGGAAAUUACAUAUUCGUUAUUACUAUUAUCAUUACCAUCUUCAAUAGUUUUAGCAUUUAUUUCAGCAUCAUGGUUUACAUUGUCGUGAAUGGUUUGACGGUCCCUUAUUAUUUAUACUUUUCCAAAAUAAAAUAAAACCUUUUGAAUUCUAAACUCUGUCAUUUUAUAACUUGCUAUGAAUUGAUUUGUAUAUAAUUGGAUUUUUUUCCCUUUUUUAAAGUAUUAUUUCAUAAGCUAUGGUAUAUAAUAUAUACGACCAAACCAUACGAAGAAUUUACUGUUUAUGUUCAGGUAUUAUGGUAUGCAAACGUUGAUACAGACGUUUCAAUAAAUUUGGUCUAAUAUUGUGGUUGCUUUUUGUAUAUGUUUGCAAUUUUCUAGAAUACAUUA